AUGCGCAUGCAACCGGAGGAGAGAGAAGACCCAACUGCCCACGACCAGGGCUGGGACUUGGCUCGGCAGCUCGCGGCUGUCUCCGCCAGCGUGGAUAGUUUGUGCAGAAGGGCAGAGAGAAGAGUGACCGAGAGCGAGCUGAAGAAGGAGACACUCGCGCCGUCUGUGCCACCGCUGCUUGUCGAGCGCCUUCGCUCUCUUCUCCACAGUGAUGGUUUGCUUCCUCCACUUUCCGAGUCUGCCGGGGACGCCGGUGGCUCUCAGUCUCGAGCCCAGGCCUCCCAGAAAGAGCGAAGUCUCGAGAAGUUCGUCGCUGGUUACUGUUCACUUUCGCCUCUCUGUUCUGAGGUGCUCACGCUUCUCCAGCUUCUUCUCUUCAAAGAGACAGGGGCGUCCUUUCGGAGUGAGGACAGAAAGCAGAAAGGCGCCCCGGGGCAGGCGGACGGCGACUCCCGACUGGAGAAGAAGCUCCAGAGGGACUUGGAGGAGCUGAGUGAGCUUUUGCUCUCCUUCCUCUGCUCUAUAUUUGAACAGGACUCCCUGGACACUGCAGAUUUCCGUACCUGGCACACUCGCCGCAAGGUCUCUGCGGCUGUGACAGCGCAGGCUUUUCUCUCUUCUCUCGGCCUCUUUCUCUCUUCUUCUCCUUCGACCUCCUCCUCUCUCCUUCCACCCUCGCCGCUUCUGCGGCUGCGUUGUCUUCAACUGCUGCGGGCUGCCGUCGCAGUGCCCCACUCGCCUGCGGCCUUCAGCGUCGCCGCGGCCCUGGGCGCCCACGCCUCUUCGGGCGCGGAGACAGAGAGCGGAGACAGGCUGCUCUUUGCGGGACUGGUUGUUGCUCUCGAGGGCCCCCAGUCGAAGCUUCGUCAGACUAAGAAGCAGCCGGGGAACUCGCGAGGAGGUGGGCUGUGGCCUCCUCCGCUGGCCUGCAACGCUGCGCCAGAGGAGACUCUUCCUGUCUCUCCCCACAAGGUCAGAUGCGGCCGGCGAAAUGUCUCCUCGAUCUCCCGCCUCCUGACUCCGGAGGCGGGGCGCUGUCGCCACCACACAGACUCGGCCUUGGGUCCUGAGGCGUCACGGGCCUUGUCUCCGACCGAGGUCGCGGCGGCUGUGAGGAGACUCACUCGUGAAACAGUUGGGAGCGGAGAAGAGACACCCGGGAGGAUGUGUGAAGCGGUGCCGAUUCGGUACGCGCUGCGCCAAGAAGCGCUUUGCCUCCUGCUCAACCUGCUGCUUCACAGAGACAAAAGUGUGGGGUUGGCCCUCCUGCAGCGGCCUCCGCCUCGGGUGCAAGCAGUUCCUUCUCCCCUCUCGGGCUCGCCUUCCAGCGCUUCCUCGCCAGCUGCGCAGCGACCGGCAUCCGCGGUGGAUCUGCUCAUCAAGGCCUUUCUGCCUCUUCGGUUCGACCGGCGACAGGAUGCACUGGUCUGGCUUCUGGGCUUUCGACGGGCGCUCCUUGACUUGGAGACACGCGCGCGUCUUUCCGCGGCGUUUCGAGCCUCAGCCGGAGGCCGACGAGGCGGCAGAGAGAGGAGUCACUUCUCGGAGGUUUUCAACAAAGGGGAGAAGGGCGGCCCUGGAGAAGAAGACAGCUUUCGAGCGGCUGUCGAGGAGACCGGCUCCCGCGGAGAAAGGCCUUCCGGCCCGGGGGGCGCCAACCCUGUGGGGUGGGUUUGGAGACGCCUGGCGACAGGCCCGGUCCUCCACGCUCUCGCACACUUGCUGCAUGCCUUCACGAGCCGAGAGAGCCUCGAGCAACUUCUAGGACCUCUCGGUCGGCAAAUGGAGGAGACAGCGAGACACGCAGAAGUAGACGAAGACGACGCCUGCACGGGAAGCCAAGGGGGCGAGGUCCCCCAGAGGACAGAGGGAAGCUCAGAAGGUAUCCACAGUUUGGGUGCUCUUGAAUGUGGAAGUGAUGUGCACGCAAGUGGGCAGGGGACGGGAAUGCCUCUCGGAGCGGACAUCGGUUUUGAUGUUGGUCUUUUGCCUUCGUUGUGUCUCUCGUCCGAUGCCUCCUGUUCCUCGCCUUCUUGGCUGCUCCAGAGUCUUCUUCGAGAUUUUAUUUUCUCUGCGUUUCCGACCUCUGCUCCCAGUUCCGCUCCCUCAGCGUCGUCGCCUCGGCCUGCACACUCGCCACCUUCUUCUGCACAGGCCUCCCUGGUCUUGUCCUUCUUGCAUGCGUUGCGGCCUGUGUUUCUUCCGCCGCAGCAAGAGUUGCUUUUGUCUCUGCUCGCCGCUUAUCCGCUCGAGUUGCAGACGCGUUUCCUGGAGACGUUUUCAGCGCUGCAUCUCGCGGCGCGUUCGUCUGUUCAGUUUGCUCUUUCUCACUUCCUUCUCUUUCGUCUCCUGAUGCUUCCUCUCAAGCGCCUCCGGGCUUCACCCGCUAUCCUGGAUUCGCUCCUACCUCCGCUCCCGCCGUCGUCUCCGAUCUUCUCUCCGCCCCCCGACGGAGCCUCUUGCCUCGCCACUGCGGCAGAGACGCGUCGGGCAGCCGAGACACUCGAGGCUGCUGCGAAGGUCCAGCUGCAGGAGAUGGCGGUAGCGGAGAAGAGGCGCCAGGUGAUUCAGCCGCUUCUCUCGCUAAUGUCGCCUCCCGGUCUUCAGCUCCGACAACACCUGACGGCGAGUCUCCUUCACAGUUCCCUCUCUGUGAACUUCUUCGGGUUCGUCCUUCUACGCGUUGCCUGUCGUCUCUUCCAAACCGUCGGAGAGGCCCUCGUUCAGGCGACACAGGUCCACGAAGCGGAGUGGGGUGGCGACGGUCGCGGCGCGCUCUCCCGCCUCCUCAAAGCGGCGAUGCGAGAGCGGCUGCCUGACGAGAAAACCGUGUUGAACUGUCUGAAGAAGCUGGAACAGCGUUUCCGCGUCUUUCAGGAAGAGGCGACCUCGACGAAGAAGCGGAAAAAGAAGGUGCGGGUCGUCUGGGAUGUCGACGCUUGGGACGCAAACGCCCGUUGGCCCACGGACGAGGCCUUGGUAAAGGAGCAGGUGGACAAAGACUUGAAGGGCCGCAGGAGCCGCAAGCACGAAGGCGGCGAUACGCAGGGUUCUGCCUCGACACGCCACACGACAGAAAAAGGGAAGCAGAAGGCGAAAGGAGAGGAAGAAGACGAAGAUUUAGAUCUUCAUUUGGGCGGACUCGACGACGCCAGUGACGAAGACAGAGACACCAUAGAAGAAUCAGACACGGAGGAGACACAGGGCGAUGAAACGUCUUCGCCAGGUGGUAGGGACGACGCAGGAGGGUCGCGCAAGGCCGAUGUCGUGACUUCUCUUUCGCUUACGCCUGCGUUCGUCCUGAACCUCUCUCUAAGUCUUCUCCAUUCUCUCUCCCCUCGCAGGGGCCUGCCUUGGUCUGGAGAAGGUCGUUCCGACGCCGUCGGGCUUCUGGGCUGGCCCUCCGCUUCUUCGCCUUCUUGCCUAGCGCCGCGUGCAGCAGGGGGGACUGAGGAAACUGAUGCCCGAGUGCAAACAAAUGGUGGAACUACGCCCCUGGCUCUUCUACUCAGCUGUCUGGACGUCGCGCAUUUGUACCAGACGCUUCUGCUUCCCCCCGGCGGAUUUUCCUUAGACUGGUCUCGGCUGCUUGUAGCCCCGUCUCGAUCGCUCGCUUCUCCAUUCGAGCGAGACCAGGGCGGCAGCGGCUCCGCUUCCCUGACCGGCGUCCCGUCCCCGUCGGUUUGGGCUCUAGAGCCCAAGGCGGGGGCCGCGGUCGUCGCCCUGGGUCUCCAGGCACUUGGCGGCGGCGACGGCCUCGAAGGGCUUCGCUUCGGCUUUCUGGCCGGGUCGACGAUGUCGAAACAGACGAUGAUCUUUUUAACGCAGCUGCUGUUUCAGUGGCGCCUCUCGGUUCUGAAAGAAGAGUCGGAGCAGCUUGCUCUUGAACACUCUCCUGGGAGCAAACCGAGGAGUCUUCGAGAGAGCAGCUUGUCGGAGGAGCUCUUGGGCCUUUUCUUUAGAUGUCUCUCUCUGUCUCCACUCUUUGAGACUGACAUCAUCAACGAGCUGGCAGUCUGGGUGGCUGCGCUGGCUCCGCUGGCUCCGCGCCAACCCAAGGCUGCUUCGUCCGACUGCAACUUCUGUUUCCGCUGCGCGGCUUCUUACUUCCUGGCGAUCGUGAAGUUCGCUAUCGAGAAGCCUCUUCUUCUUCUGUCGCAGAAGACUCCGGCGUUCUCUCCCGUCGGUCCACACCGCGUCGAGGAGACAGCAGGCGCCACUCCCGGAGUGUCGCUGUUCGUUCGCGCCCUUCUUGCCCACCUCUCGCUCGCCCCAGAAUGCAACCGAGGCAAGCCACUGUACGUGGAUGUCUCUGGGCCUUCGCUGUCUCUGUUCCUGUCUCCGGACGCGCUGUCGCUGUCGCAUGCAGACUCCUGCCCGGCAGCCGCUCCGUCAACUGCAAAGAAAGACACUGCCUUCUGCGUGGACAGCAUCGGCGCCUGGGUCUCCCGCGGCCUUCUCGCGCUCCUCGCCCUGAGGCCCUGUCUCCUGGAGCCCGUGAGACGUCUCCUCGACCGCCAGAAGCCGUGGCGAGUCGUCGGUGCGGCUUUGGGCGCCGGAAAAGACGGCGCCGACAAAGGCGAUGAACCGCCAGGCGAGGAGAAGCAUAAGCAGAAGCAAUCGAAGAAGAGGACGCGUGAGGAGAGCGUGGAAAGAGAAGAGAAAGGGGAGUCGAAGGAAGCUGCAGAUCGACUUGGAGACGCAGAAACCGAGCGAGAACGAGGAGGAGGAAGUGCAGAGAAAGAAAACGCCAUUGUAGCACUACGGAACACAGCAUCUCGACAUCCACUGUAUCCGCGAAUGAACGAUUGGAGACGCCGCCUCAGCAGAGUCCUUCGGGAGGCGUCGUGGCUCGCGAGACAGGAACAAGAACCUGUUGAGCAGUAUGGAGUUCUUGAUCUUCAAGGGUCGCAGGGCUGUGCGUUGGCUGAAUCGGGCGACGGAGAGAGGGACAUCGUCCUUGAAGAAGCUUCUCGCUUCCUUCCUUCAGAGCGGCUUCUCUUGGCCCUAGGAGACCUCGACGCCUCGCUGGGAUUCGGCACCUCCGAGGCCGAGAGCGGCAUUCAGAUAGACGGAGCAGGUGGUGCAGAGACUGCGUUAUCUUCCGCGUCGACUGGGCCGACGCUCGAGUUCGUCCUGCGGCAGAUUCACCCGUCGCGGGCUCUGGUGGGCGUCUCACCCGGCGACUCAGAGAGGAGGAAGAAUGGCCUUUUCCGUCGCGAUCUCGAGUCUCUUCCUGCGUCCGCGCAUGCACGUUCUUGCCCCCGCUCGCCACUCCAACCGCCUGUCGCCCGUCCUCUGGCCCUCGCGCCGGACGCGGCAGCCGCGGCGCGGUCGAACGUAGGGUGUCUCCUAGGUCUCUGGGCGUCGUGUCUUCGCCACCAGACAAUUCGAUUGUCUCUCGCGCCUGCAGAGACAGAGAGAGAAACCCCCACAGGGGAGUGCGUGGCUUCCACCCUGGAAAAGCUGUUGGAGACCUUCCACCUCAUCCAGCGUCUAAGCGAGAGAGCGGCGCCAACCUCUUUCCCCGUGUGUCUCUCCAAAGGGAUGCAGCCUUGCCCGGUUGCGAGUCGCGCGCUUCAGGAGCGAGGCGCUCUGUCGAGAGUCUGUGCACCUUGUGGGACAUCUGAUGGAGACUGCGGAAACCUUGGUUUACCGGAUGCAGACGCUUCUUGGAUUUCUGCAGAACCGGGUCUCAACUUCUCUUCUCCACUCGCGCGAGCGUCGCCUGCAGAGAUUUGCGACUGCUCUGUCUUUGCUUGUUUGCUGAAUUCUGCCGGCAGUCAGGGCAUCAACGGGCGUUCCUUGGAGCGGCUCGCCGAACGCAAACUGAGGGAGUCCGCGCUGGGAGCCGAGACGCGCCGCGCGGUUUCCGCGGAAGAAGACGCGUCGGGGGAAAAAGACAGAGAGCACUUACGAGCAGCGAGGAAGAAGAAGAGAGAGACAGGGGACAAGGCGAAAGGAGAGGAAGGCGAGACGACGGUCCUGAGGAUCGCCCUGCUCAGCUGUACGUACAUCACCACCGUGUUGAUCGAGGCGGCUGCAGGUGCCUGUCGAAGAGAGAACAGUGGGUGGGGACAGCAGUGGUUCCUCCCUCCGCAGAAGAGAGACAGCUCAGGAUUUCUCGCUGUUGCCAGGCGACUGAUCCCUCUUCUCCUGACGCAGGUGGCCAUCCCUCUGAGCCGUCUCGCGGCCCUGGAGCAGCGGAGGCAGUUGCUCGGCUCGCGACUCGCGCGGGAGUCAUCGGGGCCAGGACGGAGACAGACGGGGGAGGAGUGCGACCCGGAUUCACGGGUGUCUCCGUCGGCGCUCCAAGUGCAUGCGCGCGAGACGCUCGAGCGCAUCUGCGCCGCCGCAGCGGUGUGGGGUGUUGAACAAGAGACAGUUCUCGCUCCAGCUGUCUGCUUCUUACAUGGCGCCUCGGCACAGGACUUCACCGCGGGAGCAAGGAAGGAGGCAUCGAAGAAACGUGGAGGGCGAGGGGUCUGUUCUAGGCAGGAGGAAGACGAAACAGAACAAGAGAGCAGACUCGAGUCCAAAGGAGAAAGGCGAAGGGGAAGCGGCGCCAUCUAUGCCUCAGGUCCCGGAGCCCGUUUUCCGGCUUCGCUUGAGGGACGUUGGCCCUUGGAUUUAGUUGAAAUGUACAUGGAGACGUUUGGUUACGGUAAGACGUCUGUCGGAUCUCUUCAGCCGUUUCGGGAGAUGUAUACAGAGGAGAAGUCGCUCUCCUCGUCACUCUUCUCACCGUCUUCCUUAUCUCGUCCUCUGGACACAGCGGAGAUUCGUCUGCUCCUCGUUCUCCUCCAGCGCGGGUCAGAGCCUGGAGGUGCGUCGAAAUCUGAAGAGAAGAAUUGUGGCCUCCCUCGCGCCGUCACUGACUCCUGUACAGACACCCGAGAGGAGUUGCAACACCGCGCCAGAAUCGCAAAGCUGCUUGUAAGGCUCCUGGACGCUCUGAGGAAAUCGCGUUUCCGUGGAACUGGCGGGUCACUGCCAGCUGUCGAGACACCUGAGCUGGACGAAGGGCAGAAGGAAGAGGCCAAAGACGAAAUCAAAAACUCUGGAGAGAAACUCCGGAGGGCGACUUUGCGUACUUUCGACACCCUACAAGUUGUCUAUGAGAGACAGCUGGUACAACAGUGCCUCAUGCCAGUAUGUUGGCUUCUCCCCGCCUCUUCGUUAUCUUCCUCUCUUAGCGCAGCUAGCGACUGCGGUGUUUGUACACCUGAGACAGAGGACCCCCGCCUGUGGCGCGUGAUUCAUCCCGGCCUGAGUCGCUUGUUCCACCAUCGCUUCGCAGAAAGUCCGUUUUUUCGAGUGGCUGUCGGCCUCGAGCUCGGCUCAAGAUCCUUCGCGGCGCUCUCCGACGUCACAGCCUCCCCGGUGUUGUCUCCGUCUUUCCUCUUGUCGCAUGCAGAGGCGGCGGUCGUCAGGAAUCAGGAGGGUGGAGGACGCCGCGGCUGUCUCCUGCCUGCCUGGCGCUUCGCGCUGGAGCUCUUGCAGCUAACGGAAAACACCCGGUGUUUGCCUCCUUUGUUCCCUGCUCGGCGGCGCCUCAUUAAGCGCCUCCUGGCAUGCACAGGUCUCACAGGCAAAGGAGAGGCAGGCUUCAAGAAGGCGAAGAAAGAGGAAGAGGAUCAGCAAACAGGACCCGGUGACGAUGCGAAGAGAGAGAAGAAGAUCAAGCAGGCGGCGACGAACUGGGGGGAGUCGAUGCUUCGCAUUGUCCUUCGCGCGUGCGACCGCUCGCCCUCUCAGGGGGUUGAAGCUUUCGAUAAGAGUUCCUCAUUGGACGUCGGUUCUCCGGAGAGUGACGCCGAGCCGCGCUUCUCGCCAGCCACUGAACGGAAGUUGCUGAACGCGGCUCUGGACUUUUACGAGGGCAGAGAGGGAGAUUAUGGAGUCGAGCGUCCAGACAGAUUCUUCGCGGACACCCUGGAGGCGACUGAGAUCAGCCCCUGGGCCUUCUCUUCGCCUUCGCGCGGUCGCCGGCAGAGCGAAGAAAGCGAGGAAGCAGACGGCGAGGAGACCGCGGAGGACAGCGAGGGACAGAAGACUCGAGAGGCGCGAAGCGAUGUCUCGGAAGACACGAACGAGACGUUUGCUCUCUUGCAGCGCGCCGUCUCCGCCAUUCAAAAGGGUCUCACUUCCUUCGCGAACCGAAGCUCGAUCUCUCUUCACGAACAGUUCUUUCUCGACGUCGAAACGCCGCAAGGCUGCGGCCGCUUCGCGGCUCUGGAGGACGGAGGACGCAAACAAGGCGAAGACGAAGAAGAAGCACGAAGGACGCGCGUUGCGCUCCAGAGAAGCGCCGCUCUCUGGAUGGCUGUGGGGCUCUACGAAGCAUCCCGCCGCUGCUCUCAAGAGGCUGGCACUUGCAGAGAUGAGGGUGGAACUUCCGGCGACUCGACAGGGGAAACCUCGUCGGAGAAGAGGACUGCGAAGAAAGACGCGAGCAGUUCCCGGGCAUGCUUCGGGUCUUUCCUUGUCGACGCGUUCGCGGGCAUCUGUUGCCGGCUGGCUGUUGAAGUGUUUUCCGUUGAGCAUGCAGAGGAGACUGUCGCUCGCAGUCUGCUGUCUCCGACUCGUUCUCGCUGGCGUUCCACUCCCGUCUCCCCGCUCGCCGAUGGGAGCCUCUCGGCCGCACUCUCGGCUGCGGCUGCCCACCUGCUCGAGCGCCUCGAGAAUCUGCAGGAGUUGCUCGUUCACGAGUGGCCAGCGGGAACAGAGAGCGGAAACCAGGCAACGGCCUCUCGCCAUCGACUUGGCGAAAAAACAGAACUGCCUGUGGUGGACUUCCUCGCUCAGCUGCAGCUCGCAGUUUCCCUCUGGCAACUCCUGCGUCGCCUCCCGGUCUCAGAGUGCGCCGCGAAAUCCUCCCGCGAUGCUCCCUCGUCUUCUCUCUCUUCUUGUCUCCCUUCUUCUGUCUCUGCGUCUCCAUUUUCUGCUGCGCUCCGACGGAAGGCCGACCGCUGCAUGUUGCGCCUCGCUCGCAGUUUCUGUCGGCGGCCCGGUGGCACGAGGAAGCUGGACGAGGUGGCGACUCUGCUGGCUUCUGCGUCGGGGUCCGACGUCUCGCGUCAAGCGGGAGAGGAGGAAUGUUUGCACCCGAAGAAGCUUCUGGCUUCUUCUCGCUCUCGCGCUGCGCUCUACGCGAGGGCCUGGUGCCUCACCUACCUCCCAGUGUGGCGCGCUGGCUUGGUGGCGGCGGCGGCGUUGCCUGCCAAGGCGAGUGAGGCCCGAACAGACGAGAAGGAGGAGACGGCAGAAGGCGACGAACAGACGCUCAGGCGGAAGCGCGUCUGGACUCUCGCAGAGGAAAUGCUCCACUCCGACGCUCUCUGGCAACUCGCUGCUGGCCUCCGAUUCCUCUGCUUGGCUGCAUGCAAGAACGGGGUGCGACAGGAGCUGAAAGGAGUGGAAGAGCGAAGCCGUGGAACUGUCGGACGCAAAGGCGAGGAGAGGGACGCGUUGAAGGAGGACAAGCAGGAAGGACCAGGUGCAAAAGGUGAAGGAGGCGGAGGAGACGAGUUCGACAGUGGACAGGGAUGGCAAGGGCGAGACGCCAGCCUCGAGGCCUCAGGGGAUGCGCUACAGACUGCCUUGCUCCCCUUGAUUCACUGUCUUGGUCAAGAACUGCUUCCGACGUACUAUGCGGCUUCCUCUGAGAAGCAGCGAAAGGCAGAGAGAGAACACACGGACGGCACAAGUGGAGAGGAGAACUUGGGGGAGUGGGCGGAAUUCAACGACGCCGAUGGGGACUACGGAUACGACGACGUUGCCGACGAAUACGAGAACAACUCCAGAAGAGGAUACGGAAAGAGCGGGAAGUCGAUUUUCUUCGACGACGAAGAGGAGGAAGCGCGAGAAGCGGGUCACCGGAAACGGGAAGCGGCUGGGCUAGCCGACGAGACUUCCACCGAACGGCAUUUGUCUCUGUUAAUCGAUAUCUUGCCAAAGGAGCUGUAUGCGUUGUUUGCGUCUUUAUACGGCGCUUCCGCGUCGUUCGCAGACCUCUGUCUUCGCGACAUUUUCACCGCAGAUCGGGCGGAGGUGCGUGAGGUGUACAUACACUCGAGCUUCGCGUUUACUGCGCAACGCGCCGGCGAGGGACUCGCUUCGGACGCCGGGAGUCUGGCGGGUCUCCUCCCCGUCACAGCCUCACUUGCUUGGAUGGCGCGUUUGCCUGAGCCCCGAGAAAGGCACAGACAUGGCGAACUGAACAGACGAGAGGGCGACGACGAAGGCGAAGACGCUUUGCUUCUCCUUCUCAGUUUUCUGCGUCACGCGGAGGAGUGCUUGGGAUUUGACGGGGAAGACGAGCGAGUCCCGAAGCGCCGAAAGGCAUGGAAACGGAAGGAAACGAAGGACUCUCUGUUGCACGCAUGGACGCUCGAUUCCUUCCAGGCCUUUCUCACGGAAUGCGAGGAAGCGGCACCUUCUUCCUCUCUCACUUCUGUCCUCGUCGCAGCGCUCGGGACUCAGCAGUCGACCUCCCUCGACUGGCUCGGCCUCAAUCCGAACCGCAUGCAGGAGACGCUCGACGCGUUCCCCUUCAGUGCCUCCCUCCAAAGGCCUCUGGACUCUGGUCUCGAGUUCGCUGUUCGAGGCAACGAUGUGUGGGGUCGUCCUGGAGAUUCCGGCGGCCAGGCCGACAGGUUGGGCGGCGCUCAAAUCGCGGCUCGCCAGACAACUCGCGCGACGUCUUUGGGUGUAUGUACACUGCCUGCGACGCCCCUGGAUGUCCCUGGGUCCUCUGGCGGGUGUACAUACACCACAGACCCGGCCGCGCGCGAUACACGUUGGGGUCAAGAUGCUCUGUUUCGGUUUUUGUCUCGGACGCAGACAGAAUCCGAGGCGAUCCACCCGCUGACUUGUCGGCCUUGUUUCGCGCUGGCGACCUGGCUCGGAGACACAGCGUUUUCGUCCUUCGCUCCCCCCCCAUGCGACGAGGACGAGAGAGCGAAAAGCAAAGCGAGGCUGGAGACAGUUGGCGUCUCGACCACAGGGUACGACAUAGCCUACCUCGUUCCAUUUCUCACAGGACGCCUCGUUGCGGCCUGCACAGUGCUCUUGUAUCAGAUGCGAGAUCCCCGCGAAGUCGAGGCUCGCGGGACCGCCAACGGAGACGGCCUUGUCGACGUCGAGCCUGCAGAGGUAGCCGCUCUCCAACAGGGGCGAGACUCCACGCUGCCAUGCCUCGCGGUUCUCGCCAGACGCGCAUGCGCCACGGCGCACCGGUGGCUGCAGUCUCAGCGAGAGAAGACGGAGCUUCAGCAGGCAGGGGCCUCGGAGCGGAGACGCCGCCGAAGGCGACGGAGACUCGCUGACGCAGAGGAAGACGAUGGAGAACUGGGGUACGCAGAAGAGGAGGAGGAGGGUGCGGGCGCAAGUGUGUCAGCGUCACCCGAGGAAGAGACAGACAGCUGGUUGCUCGCCGCCUUCGAUCUCGAGGAGCUGGAUCACGCAACCGACCGGGUGUGGACAUUUUUAAACGCAGCUCGCCAGCUGCAGACUCGCCAGCGCAUGCGCCGCGACCAGAUCACUAGACUGAAGGCGGCGGACGAAGAGAAUCUCGACGGAGGCGAAGUCGAUCCUGAGGAAGUCGACGGAGACGACGGACGAUGGCUGGCGGUCGAAGAACUGGAGCACGAAGAUCAGGCAGAAGCCGCAUUGGCGCAGUGGGCUGAAGAGCGACAACAAAUUGAUCAGCAAGGCGCAUGGCUUAGGAAAUUCGCCUCUGGAGGAGGCCUGCAAAUCCUCUUCAUGGCCCUCUCAGCAACGGACGAGGAUCUGCGGAGCGCCGCGUUUCACGGACUCGCCGUUUUCUCGCACUUGCUGCGUCUUUCUGCGGACUUGACUCUUCUGCAUACCUUUGCGGAGAAACAUUUUCUGCUCUCGAAGAUUGCGACGCUCUCGACCUCCCUCGCGGCGGCAGCGGGCGAGGGCGCUGGGUCUGCGCCAGGCGGCGAGGGGUCGACGAACCUGCAGAAAUCUUCUCUCUUGUCGGCAAAAAAGAGGAAGUUUGUGCGGCAGUUGGAGCAGCACAAAAGCGUCUUCGCCUUCAGAGAACUCAGACAAGUUCAACUGCUCCUCGCGGCGGUGUGCAGCAGCGUCGAGCCCCCAACAAGCGCCGAACGGGCGGAGACAGGAGACACCCGAGUAGAAGAAGAGACUAGUGUAGGCAUGGCCAAAGCAAAAAGAAGACGAAGACGCGCGGAGCUCGACGACGAGGAGGAUGAGGCCCAGGAAGAAGUGGAAGGAUGGACAGAGACGGAAUCGCGAAGCUCGAAGCAGGAAAGAGCGACAGGGAACGACGCGGCAUUGUGCCCCGCGGCCCUGCAUCCGAUUCUGACCGCCUUCGCGGCGUCUGCGGUACCGUUUCUGCUGCAGCCGGAGCAUCCUCUGUUUUCGCUUUUGAACGACUUUUUGCUCCAGCGCUCGAGUCUUUCUUCUCUCCUCUUUUCUCGCGGAGACUCACCCUUCCUCUACCUGCCUGCGAGGGCCGCUUCCUCCUCUUCCUCAGCGCAUCACGCCCCAGGCUUGGGCCGUGUGUUUUCUUCUUUUCUUUUCUCACCCGUCUCUGUCUCUUCUCUCCAGCAGAAACAGUUCGUCCUCACGUGUCUCCUGCGGGCGCUGGCGGCGUCGGCCUGUCCCGCCUGGCCUCCCGGUCUCCCCGCAGGCUGCACUCGGCGAGCGGACUCGGAGACAGUGUCUCUGCUUCUUCCUCCACCAUCGGUCUUCCUCUAUGCGUCGUCGCCUGCUCUCUCGUUCGCCUCCGUCUCCUCGCCAUUCCUCCCGGGUGUCUUCGCAGCUCUCCGGCUGGCUGUACAGCUGCCUCAAGGCUUCCUGAGUCAGCUCGUUUGCCCCGGCCCCACAGGCCCGACCGCGUUGCCGAUUGCAUGCUGGAACGCAUGCGCGCUCCUGCAGCGGCACACCCUGAUUCCUUGGCUUCUCCACCACAUGCGUCUGCUUCUCUUUCCUCCGGUGUCUCCGUUCUCUCUUUCCACCUCCUCGUCCGUGACUUCCUCUCUUUCUUCUUCAGUCUCUUCUCUCGCCUCCUCGUCUCCCUGGACGGCCUUCCUCGACGCCUGCCUCGCGCAGACCCAGCCUCUGCCUCGACUGGCGGCUGGUCUCUUGUCUCUGUCCCUCGCCGAGUGCUUGGAGGCAAACACGGAGUCGCCAGACAGUGUACUCCGGACGUUCGCGCGCCAGCGACGGGAGGCGCUCCCCGUGGCUCGCGACACCCUUGCGUUCCUCGCUUCUUUGCUGGAUGCUUCUCUCCUCGCUCCUCCGCUCCCUUCGCGAUUCGCUGCAGCGCGCCAGGCGGCGGCUUCCUCCACCCGAGCGGUCUGGGGUUCUCAGGAAACGGCGGAGGAGACGGACGCAGAGAAACGUCGAAUCUCGUUUGGUGAACGAGACGUUUUUCUGGAGCCCUUUGAUACUGCGUGGAGAAGAGAAGUCCUCUCGCGGCUCCUCCGGCUGUUUGCCCGGACAGAAGGGGUAGACACCACUGGAGACAGCUUCUUGGGAGAAAAGACAUCGAAGAGUCUCGAGCCGACGAAGGAGGUGACGAAGGCAAGUCUAGCGGGCGGACAACGGGAGAAGGCCUCGGACGGGGGCGUCGCGCCGCCGCGUCUUUUCGCAACUGUCUCUGCUCCCGAGCACCAUGGGGAUGUCCUUCUUCUUCCGCAGGUUGCCGCAUGGCCCGUGUGCAUGGGUCUUUCGUUUCCCCUGCCUUCAUCCUCUUCCUGCGGUGCCUCUGCGCUGGCUUCUUCUCCUCUCGGUGUCCAAGUGACGCUGCUGCGAUCGCGGCUCCUGGGUCUUCGUCCGCCGUCGCCGCUGUCUCCUUCUGUCCCCUCACUCGCCCUGGGCUCGAGCCCCAGGCUUCCCGCAGGCGGAAACGAGGCACAAGUGUCUCCUGUGCGUGUGCAGGCGAGCGCAGAAGGCAUCACGCUGCUAGCUUCGAUCUUCGACUUCCUGCGUUGUCUCGUCCGUCUCUGGGUUGCCUGGACAGUUUCUGGACCCUGUCUUGCUUCGCUGCGAGCUGCAGCCUCUUCUGCCUCCUCGAGCGUCGGGUGCGAGACGCCAGGAGGGCGCAGAGCCGCAGACGCCAAGUUUUGUGCUGAGAGCCGCGACGCCUUCGAGGCAGACGAGGCGCGCACAGCGGCCCGAAGUCUCUUUGGUCUCUGCUGGAAACUCUGCUGGUGCGCCUGUUCUCUGUUUCAGCCUGCGCCGUCGUUCUCUUCGUCUCCUCUCUCCGGUGUGCGGGAUGACCUCCCGGAGACACACGCCGCAGGUGGAGCCUCGAGCGUCUCGAAGAAGCAGAAGAAACGCUCGAGGGAAGAGACUGUGGGGCUUGAAGCGACAGAGACAGAUCGUGGCGGGCGCGAAACUCAAGGACUUCUCAGGCCGCUGCUCUCGCCACUGCAAAGGGCGAGACUCGAACACCUGCGACAAGCGGCGAGUGCAUGCGUUGAGGAUCUCCUGACCCUCUGUGAGGCUGCCGCGUUGUCUGCAGCAAGCCGUCCGAGGAAGGAAGAAGAAACCGGAAUCCAUCUGAAAGACAGAGAAGGCACGGAACCGUGGACGCUGCCAGUCCUCGCGAAACAGAUCAAAGGGGGCAAUGCAGGUGCCAGGGAAGACGACUCUACGUUGACGAAGAGGGUCAUCGAGAUGCUAGCGGAGGAUGAAACGAGCAUGCAGAGCGAGGGAGACACCUGCCGCGGAGGCGAGAUGAAGAAGGAGUCUCCUUGUUUCUCCGUUAGGAGACAGACGCUCGCGAAAAGAGAAGAACUCCUUAUGCAGUGGCUGCACAUCUGGUGUCUCUUGAAGACCCAAGGAGAGACUGCCAGUUCAGGGCUCGUGUGUGGGGUGUCGCAUGCAGAUGUCUCUUGUCGUUCUCCUUCUCGCCUGGUGAGAUACAUUAAAUGCAUGUCCUCUGAGACCUGGCUGGCCUAG